ACGCGGCAGGCGCUGCUUCUGUUGUGUGUACAGCCGCCAUUGCUGAGCGAAAAAGUGGGAUUGACAGCAGUACAAUAAAGAAGUGUUUCUAGGAGAGUUGUUAUUAAAUUUUGAAGAUUGCCAAGUUUCCGGAUAUGGAUAUGUGAUCGUGAUUAGUGUGUGGUACGCGGUGUGUGAUCGCAAUGGAUUAUGCGACAGUGCCUCAUGGAUAAUAAUCGCUGAGAAUAUAUAUAUAUUUUUCUUUUUUUCCCCUUGGAUAACCCAUGGAGGCCAAACAGAGGCUAGGGGGGACAACUGGCAACCGACGCCGCCGUGAUCGUGCAGCGCGAAUGCAAAAGCGACAACAACGGCAGGCUGCCGAUAUUAGUGAAAAUGAAGAAGAGUCACCCCCUGUUCGACAAAAACGACCACCCACUCGUAAAAAAAGAAUUAAGGAACCUAUUUUCCAAGAGGAUAUUGUAGAUGGAUUUGCCUUCCUCUGUUUCAAGACCUACGAAGAUUUAGAGCGCACUGUAAAUAAGUAUGAUAAGAAGGAAACUGAAAUUGAUGGUGUCAGUACGGAAGAUGCUGCUUCUAGACAGAACAACAGCAAUAACACUGACCAUCCUCCUGUUCUGGAAGAAUCUGUGCCCCAAUUGGACAAGAAGCCCAAGUCCAAGAAAAACAACACAUUACCCAAAGUCAAAAAGAAAGAUUUUGUUAACAAUAAGGUACGGAAUAACUUGAAAGAUCCCUGUAUAGGAAACGAUGAGAACUCGAAACCCGGUGAAGAAAUACUCGAGACUCCGCGUAGUACAUCUAGGGACCAACUCAGUGAUGCAAGCAGUCAUGCAAGUUUAGAAAGAGGCUAUUUGUGUGAUAGUGAAAGUGGUGAUGAAAGAGGAUCAGAACCUGAGUGUGAUUUAUUCAACAGUAAAUUAUCAGAUAGUAAUUUUAUUGCCAAGAAAAACAAUCCUGGUCAUUCUCAAAACUGUCGGUCACCGCCCGUGUUACCACCUAUUCAUCCUGUUCUGAAUGGAACUCACCACCCAGAGCCUUCAACUGCUGUGGCAGCUGUAACAGCCAGUGCCAGCCCAGCAAACACAUCAUCCACUAUGGUUGUUGGGGCCACUAGUCCAAGAGAGCCUCAAAUCGGCAGCCCUGCAGUCAUUCCCGUUUCUUGUUCAUCACCCGCCUCUCCUCCUUCCGGAGUUGUUCCUGUCUCUCCUCCCCCACUCUUCCUACGUAAGGGUCCUCCACCAGUAAAUAAAGACAGUGCUUCCAGCAGCAAACUUUUAAGCAAUGGUUAUGAAUUUGUGUCUGAUACAUCUCCCCCUUCACCUGUGGCUGCCUCAAAGCUGCUUUCUCCUAAUAAAUUCCUCAAGAGGGCGCCACCAGUGCCUUCCUGUAGGGACAGUGUAGCUACUUUGAAUAAGCCAGCUAUCAAUGUGUAUGAUUUUGUAUCUGACCAUUCUGCCCCAUCUUCUCCUGAUGGAGUUGUGUAUAUAUCUCAAAACAAAUUUAACCAUUCAAAGAGCAUCUCUCCACCUGUAGUUACUUCUAAUAAAGAAUCUAUACCUGUGGACAAAGCAACUGUCAGCAAUGGCCAUGCAACUAAUCUUUGUGUGUCUUCAGCUUCACCCCCUGUGCUUUCAGCUCCCAUUCUGCAAACUAAUAGUCACAAAAGUGCUCUGGACAUGAGUAUUAAAGCCAAUGCUACAGUGAUUAAAACAGAACAACCACCACCUACAAUCCUACCUCCUGCCGUAUCCGGAGACCUUAGGCUUCAGGCUUCCCCUGGACAGUCUAGGUCUACGUAUAGCAUUCCAUAUUCUACCUCUCAGCCUAUUCGCAAACAUUCUGCUUCCCCUAGGAUGUCACCACUCACAAUACCGACAUCCAUGUCUUCACCUGCAUUAAGUGGACCUUCUGUGCUGCCCAUUUCACCUGCUGGAAAUUCUUCUACAACUAUGUCAAUGAGGACUAAUGUUUCAUCAGCAAUCACAAUGACAAAUUCUAGUACCUCGCAUAUGAUUGCUGCUAGAAGUCGAAGUCCUGUCGUGACAGCCUCGCAUCCGAAUACACCGACCCCAGUUCCUGCCAGAGAUACGCACAGUUCCCAUAGUAACAGUAGUCUAUCCAGUCUUAGUCAAUUAAGCACGCCAGCUCAUAAAGAUAGGGAGGGUGGUGGAAGUCGCAGCCACAGCAAUUCAAGCAAUGUCGCGCCAUCUGUCAGCGCUGCCUUAAAUAGCACAUCAGCAUAUUCUUCUGCGGGCAAUUUAUCAAGUUUAGUCUUUUCAAAACCUCAGUGUUGGAGUGGGAAUUCUUCCACAACUAAUACUAUAUCAGCUUCAAUAUCCCGGUCAUCUCCAUCACCUCUACCCCCAAGAGUGUCACCGGCUCUCAGUAGCAGCGGAAGCACUAGCCUACCCUUGCCACCUACACUACCACCAGCUCAUCAUACUUCUCCCUUCAAUAGUCAUCCAGGUCCACCACCACCCCCUUUACUACCUGUUGCUUCUCAUCAUUCUAUAUUCCCAGGUUCCUUAACGCCUACACUACCUCUGGAGGCGACGGCUGGUCCAUCGUCCUACAGAGCUUCUGAAACGCUGUUUCCACAGCAUAGUGAGUAUAAAAAACUUCCUGACUAUUUAAGAAGAGAAUUGGAUACAAGGUUUAUGGCCUCUCAAGACCAUUCCAUUCCUAUUCCUCCUCCUCCUUAUAUGCAAAGUGAAGUUCAGCAUCCAAGCCAGAUUCAUCAGCAGGCAGGUCCUCCUUUCAUUGCUCCUCCUCCACUGGGGGCUCCCAUGGUUUCACAACAAGCUUCCCAUCUGUAUGAAAAGUAUCCUAAACUUGAAUCCUCUCUUUACCGCAGACCUUCAAUUGGUCUAUCAAAUUAUCCUCCUGUGUCUUCAUUGUUUGCUCCUGGUGGAGGUGGUACAUCUACUCCAUUUGUUCCUCCAGCCCAUUUAUCAGCUCUUCAGCCAAAGAUCAAUCCUGUAUCAAAAACAAAGAGCACAAAGCCUGGAAAGUGGUGUGCCAUGCAUGUCCGGAUAGCAUGGGAGAUCUACAAUCACCAGCAGAAGCAAAAGCAGGCUGAAGCCCAUAAAGCCGGCAUUGCUUUGGCGACCGUGAAUCCUCCCUCUGACCGCAUCCAUGCUGCUAACCACCUCUUCUGUUCUAUGCCUCGAAAUCAUGAGCUUUCACCUUUCUCUUCUUCCUUACUUACUGCCGCAGCAGCAUCAGCUCACCCAAGAUCAUUUGAAGCAUCAGCUCAUCAUUCCACAUUCCUAAAUCCCACACCUGCUCAUUUAGGUCCUUUUGCCAGACCUGGUUAUCCUAGUUUUGCUGGAGCAGCUCCAGGAUUUAGUGGCUUAGGUCCUCUGGGUAUUCCUGGACCCUCUAUGCUUGGUGCAGACUUACGAACAACGUGUUUAACAACUCAAGAUCCUUGGGGACAACGCACAACACUUCCUUUCCCUGGUGGCACUCCGUGGGGCGGCCUGAAAGAGGAAGCAGAACGAGAGCGUUUGCAGCAAGAGCGUAAAAGGGAAGAGGAAAGACAGAAGAGGGCUGAGCAGGAAAGGAGAGAGAAAGAAGAAAGGGAUCGUAGGGAGCAAGAACGAAGAGAGCAAGAGAGAAGAGAAUUGUUAGAAAGGCAAGAACAAGAAAGGAAAGAAAGAGAACGCAAAGAGAAAGAAAGACGAGAGCAUGAAAGAAGGGAAAUGGAAAGACGAGAGAUGGAAAGAAGAGAACAUGAAAGACGUGAGCUUGAAAGAAGAGAACAUGAACGGCAGAAAGAAAGGGAUAGAGAACUCAGGCUGCAACAUCAUUUACAGAAAAGUUCCAUAGUCAUGAAUGGUGAAAUCAGGGAUCAUCAUCUUCAUCACUCUCAGCAUCAUCAACAUCACUCUCAUCAUCAUGCAAUGUCACGCGAAUGGGAAAGAGCAAGGGACUCUCGAGAUCUUCCCAGGUCUCCUAUUAUGCCGCCUAAUCAUCCUAUAAAAUAUGAAGGGGCCUUAGAAAGGCAUGUGUACCCACAGCAUCCCCAGCGAAUGGAAGUGAAAAUAAAACAGGAGAGGAAAGAUGAUGAACCUGUUCCUGUCUCCAGAAGUUCGAGAAUGCCUGGGGAUGACAGAAUGCGCAAAAGGCCUGGAAGCAUUCCUCAGUCUGAUGCAUCAGAUCCAGUGUCUCUGGUCUCUUCAAGAAGUGUUAUGCACAAUUCAGUGCCUCUAGGUUUGAAUUCUCUGGAUCCCUCACGGGUGAUGGGUCCUCAUGGCCUAGUACCGUCACCUGCAAAGGAUCCUCUGGCGCAUCAUUCACAGACAUCUCCUCUGUGGGGGCCUUUGACGCCAAGUCCAACUGUCACAACAAUACCAAGUGCUGCUGUCGAUCACUACAGGACUCGGGAAAUCCUUCAAGGUCGAUCUGAACACGAUGUUCGUAGGUUUGAACAACUUGUGAUGUCUCCUAGGGAUGCUGCUAACAGUGAACUUUCCCGGCAACUGUCAAAUGUGUUAGACAUGGAGCGAGCUGCUGCUCAGGCAGCAUACGAUCGCUCGAAGUUACUCCCACCACCAUUAAGGACAAACGAAUCUCCCUAUGCAACACCUCCUACGUUGCCUCCGGCUUCAGCAUCUAGUUUCUUUUCCCCUCCAGUUAGUCCGUUCCUCAACAGUUUAUGCAGCACAUCUGGCAGGACGAAAGCUGGUCCUCCAGGUGUGCUGAAUGGACUUCCUCCUCCUCUAAUACCCUGUACUUUCCCUGUUCAAAAUCAUACAGGUUUUCCCACCACAAGAACUUCAUCUCCUAUGUCAGCUCAUAAACUGAUUCCUGGAGCUGGCGUGCUGAACUUGCCAGAGUCCUUCUUUGCCAAAGACAGGCGAGAAGUAAAUGGACAUCCAACAGACUUUGAUGCACAUUUAAGGUUAUGACAGAUGUGAAGAAGCUGGGGGACCUAGCUAGAUAUAUAUAUAUAUAAAUAAGGUUGUGUACAUAAACUUCUUCUUGUAUAUGUAAAAAAGAUACGCACUGAUAGAGUACUUUUCUUGACAAACCAUGCAUCAUGUCUCCAGAGAAUUUUAUUAGGCAUAAUUUAUAUUUUGGUGUUAUGUUUGUUAUGUGAUAAAAUUUUUGCAAGAAUCAUUGUGGCUGAGCAAAUCGGGCUUUCGUAAUAAUGUCAUUUGCUGGUUGGCGAAAAAAAAAAUUGUGUGCUUGAGUUAAUUUGAAAGUUAUUUAAGACAUUUGAAGUGAUGUUGCAUAUUUGAAUAAAGUGAUGAAAAAAUGGCAAUAUCUUUUUAUGUAAUUGUUGUAUAAAUACAGACCAACAAGUGUGUGUGUGAGUGUUUGUGCAAAUGAGAGAGAGAUGUGCGUUUUUGAUUUUUAUUUUAAAUAUACUGUGCACAAUUUUUGUUGUAAAUAAAACAAAUCAUUAACAUUA